GGGGAGCUGACCUGCCCCCCCAGGCGGAGCUGCCUGUCAGGCUCUCUCUGAAGCCGGCUGUCCCUUUAAGCAGCCUGGGUCCCGCCCGCUGGCUGGAUUCCCGGGGAGGGCGGCUACGGCUCGGCUCUGGGCAGCUGGCGGGGGAGCUCCUGGCUGGAAGCGGGGGGGGUCACUCCGGCUGGGGUCUGUGCACAGCGUGGGGCAAAGUCCCUGGAUACAGAGCGGCUCUUCUCCCACGAGUCCAGGAAGCCUCUUCUGCUCCCGACCGUGGAAUCUCCGGGGACUCGGGAUCCAGGGAUCUGCUCCCAACACUCCUGCAAUGGCAGCAGCUCGUCCUGAGCAGAGAGCGCCCAACGGGCCGGCUGUGACCCCGCAGCGCUGCACCCCCGCUGGAGUGCCUGGGCCGUGCGGCCCCAUGGCCCCGUACCGCAUCCGGCAGUACGAGGACGGUGACUACGAGGCGGUGAGCACCAUGUUCGGCCAUGGGACUAGGGAGCACGCUCCUGCUGGCUACAUCCACGUGCUGAAGCAUCCCCAGACCCAGCUGCUCUUCCUGGGCCUGUUCCUCGCGGUGCUCAUGGCCUCCGGGUCCCUCCUGGUCUCCCUCCUGGCUCUCCUGCUCACUCUCAUCGGGGGCUGGUUUUGCAUCCGGUCUUUCUGCACCGACUACGUCCAGCAGUCUCUUCGCAACGACCUACUGGACAUCCGGAGAACCUACCUGCAGGCAGCAGACUCUUGUUUCUGGGUGGCAGAGGCUGAGGGGGUGGUGGUGGGCAUGGUGGGGGCCGUCCUGCCGGAGGACCCCUCGGAAAGGGGGCGCGCCCUGGAACUGAAGCGCAUGUCCGUGGGGAGGGAGCACCGGGGCCGGGGCAUUGGCAGGGCGCUCUGCAGGACGGUCAUCCGCUUCGCCCAGGAACGCGGGUACAGUGCGGUCGUGCUCUCCACCACCAUGGUUCACUACUCGGCCCAGCAGCUGUACGAGAGCUUGGGCUUCCGGAGGGUUUCAGGGAGGUCCCCAUCCCGCCUCGCCAGCUUCCUGCAGUUCUCCAUGUUCUGUUACCGAUACGAGAUUCCAGGAUCUCGCUGAAGGUUCAGGGGUGGCGAUUCUUCACCUGCCCACUCAGCCGCUGGGAGCUUUGCCUGGCUUGUUAAUUAACUCCCAGCAAGUUGCUACUUUUUGCCUUUUUGGUUAAAAAAUAAACUGCGCUUGGAGGAAAAGUCUCACUCGCAUGACACUGUUCUGAUGCUGGCUUGGGAUUAUUGUUCCCCCAGGGCCAGGGGCUCCCCCUUCCCCACAGCCACCUGGGUCCUCUGGAUCUGACCUUCACCCCUGGAGCUGAGCCGGCCAGGAUCAGACUCACCCCAUUCUGGGGCCCAGCGAGCCAGACCCCCA